AUGUCUCUGCACUACCUCCCUCCCGUCAAGCCCUCGGCCAUCGCCCUCGGCACCCUCUUCUGCCACGGCACUGAGCUUGCCGGUAAGUUUCACACCCACUUCACUUUUGACAUUCCCUCCCACGAGAAGAACCAUCGUCAACUGACAAGUUACUCCCAAACAGUCCUCGCCCCCAUCUUCGGCGCCACCUACCAGCGCGCCAAGGAGGCCAACACCAAGGAGGAGUUCCUCCACUCGCGCCAGGCCACCGGCGCCGCCGUCGCCUGGGGCACCUCGCUCGUCGGCUCGGCCCUGCAGUCGUACGGCGUGGGAGCCCUCAUCAACGCCACGGGCACCCUGUCGUACAAGGGCGCCGCCUACCUCGGCGCCCUCAUCUUCGCCGCCACCUCGGCCCCGGGCUACAUCAACGAGCUGCUCGUCGAGAAGCGGCCCGCCGAGACGGUCGGCGUCUCGGUCGUCGCCAAGCUGCUCGAGACGGUCGGCCUCGCCACCUUCCUGACCUGGUGGGGCACCCGCACCAACCCCUUUGACUAA